GUCCAGUAUAUGCAAACAAAAAAAAUGGCAUUCAGUUCCAGUGGUGCAGUAGUGGCUGGGUCUGACAGAUCCGCGGUGAAUUCAAUCACAGCUGUUUCGGAUAGUACAGAAGUGCAAAAAGUGAAAAUCGACGCUUUCGGCUCGUCCAAACGGAGCAAUUCGGAGGAGAGUGAUUGCGAGACCUCCCGAGGCCCGGACCGAUACGUGAGACUACGAGAAGAGCACGUGGAAGCAGUGGUGAUUCUCAAGCAGGGUAGCAUCCUCAGAGAGAGCUUCGAGGAUGCGAAGGACGCGGAAGCACUUUCCAGAAAUAAUGGGAAAUUGACUUUUAAUUUGACACCGGAACAACUCGGAAAUACGGCGAGCUGUGGCAUGGUGUGUGAUGCGAAAAAAUCCAGUUCGGUCGGAAACGUGUCAUCGGAAUGGAAGGGGGCAACGCGGAAAUCGAGCCUGAGAGGGAACUCGUUACGCAGCUAUCAGGGUGAAUUGGAGAAGCAGCUAGUAGUGGAAAAUUCAAUGCCCAUUCCACCGACAGUGGGAAUGUAUGACAUACCGAAAAGAAUUCUACUGCCAAUGGCCAGUGAGGAGCGCGAUUUGAUGGACAGGAACGAUGUCCAGGAUAAAGUGCCGCAAAAGAGAUUUGAUGAAAUUCUAACCGUGUAUGACCAGUUCCCUACAGAUUUUCUACCGCCGAGGUACGUAUGCGGUAUUUGCAAACGGAUAUGCAAUGACCCUCGGGUGCUGGACUGCCUGCACAGCUUCUGCAAGCGGUGUUUGAUUGAGUUGGAGGCAUCGAGCCACGCGGGCAGUAAUCAGUUCUGGAGGCGAAUCAACGAGAGUGGCAGCGUCGAUCUGGAUUCGGAUGGCGUGGCGAAUGAUACUGGCGAUGAGAACUGGCAAAAUGAAAAAAAACUUCCACCGACUGCAGCAGCACACGAGACCACACGUUCGGUCAAAAGUAUAGCUAAUCAUGAAGCUUUCAGUGGAGAAUCACGUUUCGAUCAGAUUAGAGCAUCCUUUCAUAGCUUCAAGGAGAAAAACUGUUUGAAAUCUCCGUCCAAGGAGAAGACUAAGAAAGGAGUCUCGAGGGCCAAAAUGGCGUGCAGUGACAAGGACAGAUUGCUGUUCUGCCCCAAUUGUGGUGUUGCAACCGAAAUACCCCUGGGAGGAGCCAGCCGUCUUCCACCACACUUCGUAAUGGCUCGUAAAAUAGAGGAUAUAAUUUCGGCUUGCAAUCCUCCGCCGAACAUUUUGUGUGAACUGUGUUCCAACGAAGUAACGGCAACGUCGUCCUGUUCGACCUGCUCACUAAAGUUGUGCAAUUUUUGCAAGGAGGCCCACCAGAGACAGCGAACCACGUCCGCUCACAUCGUUCGUACGGUUGGUGAGCUGCUGAAAAAAACCCGCCGUACCGACCCAGAGGCACGCUCGAUUAAGUGCCCCAUGCAUCCGGAGCAUCAAUUAAAAUUAUUCUGCACAGCUUGCCAUCAAGUGAUAUGCAACGAGUGCACGGUGCACGUCCACCGUGACCAUAAAUAUACGUCCGCGUCGAAAGCGUGUAAAAUCUACGACAGGUUUGUGAGAAACGCCAUCGAGCAGACCAAACCGAUGGAAGACUACGCCAUGCAGUCUGUCGGCCGGCUUCACGAUAUGUCGGCCCGGAUCAACGGCAAGUGUGAAGCCGUGCAGCGGGACGUUGAAGCGUUCAUUGACGAGUACGCCGAAGCCCUGGACGAGCACCGGAAAAGUUUGCUGAAACAGAUUGACGACGUACGGGAGGCCAAGAUGGAUAUGAUUACCGCACAGCAGACGGAACUGGAACAACGCUCGAAGAAUGCACGUACGGCAAUUGAAUUUACCGAAGAGAUCAUCAACGAGGGAAAUGAGGUGGAAAAUUUGGUGUUUGUCAGUAUCGUGCUGAAGCGCUUGGAGCAAUGUCUUAAACCGAACCGAACGCUCGACUUCAAGGUGACGGACACAUUGGAAUUCCUGCCGGAGGAGAUGGCACCGUGUGCCAAAGCCCAGAACCGGAUUCCCAUGUACGGGGUCGUAACGACCCAGAAGGCGGAUCCAAGAAAAUGUUCGCUGGAGAAUUGCGUCGGGCUUACGUGCCUGAAAGUACACAAAAAGGUUGAACUAUCGCUCGUCACCAGGGAUUACGAGGGUAAAUCGAUGAAUCACGGCGGGAUUAUGGUCCAAACUGAUCUCCGCUACCGGGACGACGACAGCCUAGUCAUCUCGGUCAGCAUCGUUGACAAAAGAGACGGCUCCUACCGGCUCUCAUUUGUGCCGGAACGGGCAGGUGUUAUGAAUCUGAUGAUUUCCGUUGAUGGGAAAGUUAUUGAGGGCUGUCCGUAUGUGCUGCGAAUCCAUAACUUACGGGCACACUAUGGCGUGUAUCACUGCUGUUCGUUCUGUUCGAGCAACGGAUCGAAACUGAGCACCUGUGCGUGCGGUAGUAUCAUGCCUGGCGGGUAUCGAGGCUGUGGACAUGGGCACGAAGGGCAUCCCGGUCAGCGGCACUGGUCCUGCUGUGCCAAUCUCAAGGAGUAUUCCGAUUGUGUGGCUUCGACGAUAAAGACCGGUAAAGGUGGUUGAAGCAUGUGUCGCAACGAGAUCGCUUUGUUGUAUAGAAGCUGGGUCAUAAAAAUGCUAUUUGAUUAGAUUCUCAUUCCGGUGAACGGUUUCGUACGAAGCAUAGGAGGAUGGAACACAUUCUACAACAAAUUUGAUCUUUUUUUUUGAUAAAAUUAUUGAAAUAUUAGCUGUUAGUUUAUACAUAAUAAAUGCAUAAUAAAUUACUGAAUA